AAGGUCUACUCUACAGUAACUGCACAGGCUGCUUUGUUUUGAAGCGCGCGAGUCUCAGGAUGAGGCACGUGCGACGGGACCUUCACCUGCCGCUCACAGUUUGUAUUUUACUGUGCUGGAGUUCCGCAGGAGCGCAACGUGUCAACAAUGUGACCCCGUAUAUCGGAAGCGUCAAUGGCGGAACGAAACUCACCAUAGAGGGUCAAGGUUUUGCUCAAGCCAAUCAGUUCAAUCUCAAAGCCAAUGACCCAAACUUCGGCAACAGUGUGACGCUGGUGUCCCGAACCAGAUCUGUUCCCUGUGAUGUCGAGAAAGACUCCAGUCACUCCAAACAGAUCAUUUGUUAUACAAGAGCUCUACCAGAAGAUAACUAUGAGUUUCGGGUCAGCGUUGAUGGCGUGCCAAUUCCUCUCAGUAACAUUUGUUAUGAUAAUCAGUGGUAUUACGGGUGGUGCAUGUUCUAUAGCCGAACAUACUAUACACCUAGCAUUGAAAGUAUCAGUCCACUCUCAGGUCCCCCAGGGACUGUGGUGACACUGCGGGGAAGAAUCUUUACUGAUGUGUACGGAAGCAACACGGACAAAAGCUCAAAUGGCCUGAAUGCAAGAUUUUUAAGAGCGUACAUGGGAGGCAUGCCUUGUGAACUUCUAAAACCCAAUUCAGAUGAAAAGUAUGGCCUCUUUUUGGAUUAUGAGGGCAGUCAAUGGGGAUCCAUGAGCUGUAAAAUGACUGGAACGUAUAUUGGUCAUCACAACCUCAGUUACAUUAUCGACGGUCAAUUUGGGAGGAGUUUGCCAAACUUUGGGGUUUUCAGCAUCUCAGCACUGAACAAGCUUGCCAUGUUCCAGACAUACGCAGAGGUGACAGGAGUUUCUCCCUCUGAGGGCAGCUUAUUGGGCGGCACAUUACUGACCAUUCAGGGACAUUACUUUGAUGAGACUGACCAACCAGUCAAGGUGUUAGUAGGAGGUCGUGAGUGUCAGAUUCAGAAGAUAUCAAAUGAGAGGAUUGUCUGCAUAACACCUGGUUAUGAAAAAAACAACAUGACAGUGUUUCCUGGUGGCAGAGGUUUUAAAAUGGAGAUGUGGAACAAUUCUUCUCCAAACCUUCUUGAGGACGUCCUGAAGUAUAAUUCCAGUAGGCCUGGAUAUUCCUUCCAGUGGGUGGAUUCGCUGUCGUUUGUUUGGCCCAAUGAAAUUGAUAACUUUGUGGGACGAUUGAGUGGUUUCUUUGUUCCAACGGAGACCGACAACUACUAUUUCCGAAUCAAAGCAGACGACCGAUGCCAGCUAUAUUUCAGCAAGACAGGUCUUCCCCAGGAUAAGGUUAAGAUUGCAUCACAGCCUUACCGAACUAGCAGUUUCUUCAGCUAUAACACUCAGAGGUCAGACGUCAUGCACUUAGAGAAAGGAAAACCGUACUACAUUGAGAUUCUAGUGCAAGAGUAUGGAGGAGCAGCAUCAGUGGAUGUGGCCUUUUUCAAAGAGAUCAGCCCUUUCACAGUCCAGCAGACAAUUGAAGCUGUUAAUGAGAGACAACAGAUUAACGCGUACUAUAAUGUAGCACCUGAAAAACAGGUGGUUCGUUUCAUGGGGUGGAUGCCAGUAACUCCCAUUAGCGAGGUCCAGACUCUGAGAAUCAGAAGUGAUUGUUUCUCUCUGAGCAACUGUGAAAACACAUACUACUUCCUGGCAUAUGGAGAUCUUAAAACAGGGCCGAUCCCAGUUAGUGCAUCGGCGAUGGAGUUGCAGAACGCUCUGAAUGAUUUGUGGACAAUUAAACCAGACAGCGUUACAGUCACAAAGCUAGAACUGGACAAUGAGUCACUGUACAAUGUGACAUUCAACUCUAACAGAGGUGACUUUAAGGAUCUUGAUUACUUGAUCAUGGGCUCAGAUUCUAACAUCACAGUUACUGAGGAUGUGAAAGGCCGGGCCAGCAUGGAGACGUUCACACUGCUGUGGGGUGGAGUUCCAUCCAUCCCUCUGGCUUUCAAUGCUUCUGCAGCUGAGGUGUAUUCAGCAUUAGAUAUGAUGAUCAGCGCUAAAUGUCCAGCAGAGAUUCCGACCAUGGAGAACACUAAUGUGAAAUUUUUCAGAGAUUAUGAGACCACCACCACAGGGUUUUCAGGUGAUCUAAGCCGCAGAGGGGCCCGGGUCACUGAUUCGGAGGCUUUCUGUGGCCGCUGGUCUCUGAAGAAUCCAGAGAUUCUCUUCAAUGUCAAUGACAUUACAGCAUCCGGAGCUGUCUACAACCCAAUACAGCUACGAACAUACAACACUCUCUGUUUAGCCUACAAAGGGCGUCUGGUGAAUGAAGUGGGAAUAUCGUUCAGUUACACGACUGCAAAUAAUGUCCGGGAAGAGAACAUACGAAUCUCUGUGCAGUUUGACUCAACGGAUGAGUGGAACUACAAGUGUGUGGAUCUCCUGAGCUCCAUCCAGACAAACUACGAAGGCUCCAACUACCAACUUUUCCAGUUCAGUGUGUAUGGAGUGGCAAACUCUGUGUACUUCAUAGAUGCUGUUCACAUUGGACGUACAAUCACUGCUUUGGAUUCUAAUGUUAUAAUCCAUAGAAGAAGACCACCGGCUCUGGCCAGUUCAGGACUUUUCUUUUCAAACAUAAUUGUGAGCAAACAAGCAAAUGCUUCACAAGUCAGCUAUGAGAUCACCGCGACACCUUACAACUGUGGCUUUGGUGUCCCACUGUUUGAAAUAGGCUUUCUGAAGAAGAUGCCAAACAGAACAGGAGACCUACUGAUUCAAAGCCAAGGGAAUGCCACUGUCACCAUUAUGCGCCCUCAGAAAGCCAGCCCCCCUCUUACAGGAACCUUUAACGUUGAGUUUUUAGGCCGGCGUGUUGAAGGCCUGGCAGUAGACAUCAGUGCUGCGGACCUGCAGUACUCUCUGCAGGGGAUCCCAGAGCUCGGCCAGCUGCAGGUGCAGAGAUCUGGAGACUGUAGAGGCUACAGCUGGUACAUACAGUGGCUCACCGUCCCUGGAAAUCAGCCUCUGUUAAAGAUCAAUGCUUCCAAUGUGGUUGGUGUGAAUCCUUCAUUGACGUCAUAUGAGAUUGUGCAAGGAGGCCUCUUCAAACAGAGAAUUAUGGGAGACUUUCUGCGCGUGCCUGCAAACAAACCACAGGUGGAAGUUUUCAUCAAUGGUAUUCCAUCACGGUGCACAGGGGACUGUGGUUUCACCUGGAGUGAGCAAAAGACCCCAACAGUGACUGGGAUCUCGCCUACAGAAGGAUCCAGCAGUCUUGGAACAGUUCUUACCAUAACUGGAUCUGGUUUUGAUGGUGGAAACGUCACUGUAAAGAUUGGAGAUGUGGAGUGCUCUGUUCUACAUUUUACCAAUACUUCUAUAACCUGCCAGGUCGGUCCUGCAAGUGCAGGUGUACAGCCGGUCUCUCUGAGUUUCUCUGUGCUGGGAAAUGCCCAAUACCAAUAUAAUAACAGCUCGUUCACACAUCUGUUAGGAGUGACUUCCAUAAACCCCACAACAGGAAGUAUAGCAGGAGGGACGAUUCUGACAGUGUCAGGCUAUGGAUUCAGGAAUGAUACUGCAGUCACCAUUGGCACUCAGCCAUGUAACAUUAUAGAAGUGGAACUUUUCCAGCUGAGAUGCACAGUUCCUGCUGGGUCGGAAGGUGAACAGACAGUAACAGUGACCACGGCAGAGAUGACGGCAAUAUCAAAUGCCUCUUUCACGUAUAGCAGCGCUCUGACGGCCUUAAUCACAUCUCUGAGCCCACAAACUACAACAGUAUUUGGGCACAGGAUUCUCACCAUCUUGGGCACAAAUUUUGGGGCACAGGCUAAUGGCAGUUCUGUUUUGAUUGGUGAAGCUGAGUGUGAAUUGCUGCAUUGGACCAAUGAAAACAUCACCUGCCUGUUACCCACACUUCCCCCAGCUGUGUACAAUGUCCGUGUGAGAGUCGGAAACCAGGGUUACACCUUAACCAGUGCUGGCCUUAAUAGCACCAUAAAGUAUGUUCUAGAUGUCACAAGUUUUUCUCCAUCUCUGGGGUCUUUGUAUGGCGGAACCACCAUCACUAUCACCGGCUCCGGGUUCAGCCCUGUCACAGCAGACAAUAAUGUCACUCUAGGUGACACACAAUGCCGAGUGACAGCCGUUUCAGAUCAUCAACUUCAGUGUGUGACCCAGUCUAGAGAUAAAACACACACCGUGACGAACCAAGGUUUCCACCCCGUGUAUGGUCAGGGUUACGCCUGGAGUCCCUCUGCGAUAAUAGCCUCAGUGGGGGACACAGUGGUUUGGCGUUGGGACGCUCCAGCUUUUGUGCCUGGUCUGAGCUACAGGGUCUUCAGUGUGUCCAGUCCCAGCAGCACAGACUAUGAUGGCAUUGCUUUCAGCAGUGGAGACACAGGAACUGCCAAAGGGUUUUUCGCCUAUCGUUUCACCUCUCCUGGAGUUUACUACUACAGCAGCGGUUACAUCGACUCUGGCAACCAGAAGACGCUGCAGGGAGUAGUGACUGUUAUGCCUCGGGAGAAAAGCACGGUGGGGCUUCAGGUGUUUGUGACAGGAAUACAGGCCUCUAUUAAUAUAGUUGCAGGACAAAUGAACUCAUCUGACUCUGAGUGUAUGACCACUUUAGACUGUUUUCAAGAUCAGCUGGAAUUGAACGAGACCUCAGAUAGUCACUACUUCAGUUUUAUUUCUUGUGCCAGCCCCAUUGUGAACCACAUUACGCCUGACCAUGGUACCACACAUGACAUCAUCAACAUCAAUGGAUCUGGCUUUAGCAACAUUAACUGUGCAAACGAGGUCAAAGUUGGAGAUCGUCCAUGCAACGUUAUCAACAGCACCUCCACUGAGAUUAACUGCCAACUCAGUCCUGACAGCGGAGCACCAGUGGGAAUCCCUUUAUCCAUAACUGUCAGAAUCAACAACCUUGGCACCGCCAUCCUUUUGAUGCCGAAAGAGUAUGACCGCAGAUUUGUGGUUCUACCCGUGGUCGAUUCUGUCUUUCCCUUGGUGGGCAGCACCACAGGCUACACACGACUCUUCAUCUCUGGUUCUGGGUUCUCGGACGGCUUAGUUAUGGUUGCAGGCAAUCCAUGCAAAGUGGUUUUCAUGAACUACACCCAAGUGGUGUGCGAUACUUCUCCAUCUGCGGCCCGCAGGGGAAACGUCGCCGUUUACGUCAACUCCAUCUCUUCCUCAUGCAGUUUUGAUUGCACGUUUCAAUAUUCCGACUCCAUUGCACCGUACGUAUCCGCGGUGUCCCCUAACUCGGUUACUGGAAACGCCACCACCGUUGAGGUCACUGGCAGUGGAUUUGGGAACAACUCUGCUGAUCUAAUGGUAACUGUGGCCAACAUCCUGCUGGAAGUCACAAAUGUAACUGAUAACAACAUCACGGUUUUAGUUGGUGCGCUUCCCGCUGGCACACACGUCCUACAGGUGGUGGUCAUGAGAAAAGGUCUUGCCACUGGAGACGCCACCCUGACCAGCAUAGCUCAAGCCAGCGUCAACCCAACAUCAGGCAGCAUUGCUGGAGGAACUCCACUCUUGAUCACAGGAAAUGGCUUUGUGGCAGGAAAUACAACCGUGAAGCUCGCUAACUCCCCCUGCAGGAUUUUAGAUGUGACUCCAGACACCGUGAGGUGCAUGACACCUCCUCAUCCAGAGGGACAGGUGCAGGUGAACAUUAAGGUGUUUGAUGUUGUGUAUCCACCUCAACGUUUCAACUUCUCUAGGGGACAAACUCCAAACAUCACCUCUGUCAGUCCUAUAACAGGUUCGGGUGGAACAGAGAUCACCGUCUCUGGCUCUGGCUUUGGCACAGAUGUAGCACUCGUCUCCUUCGAGAUCGGCGGUGUGGCUUGUAACGUGACAUCCAUCACAGAUAUGCAGUUGCUGUGCACUGUUGGAGAACACGCUGGAGGAACUUUCCCAGUCAUUUUUCACCAUCAGGUCAAAGGUCAUGCCUUGACCCAGUCUGUCUUCACCUAUGAGCUGUUGCUGACAGGGGUCACACCGAAUGAGGGAAGUUACGCCGGAGGAGCUGUUGUUGCCAUUCAAGGCUCUGGAUUUGACCCAAACAUCACAAGAGUCCUUAUCUGUAACAGAGAGUGUAACGUGCACCUGCAGAACUCCACAUCUACCCAGCUGAACUGCGAGGUCCCACCCAACAAUGGAAGUGAAGCAGAGCGGGCCUGCACAGUCAUAGUGAUGAAUGGAGGUGACACCGCCAACCUCACGAACAGCUACACUUACAGAUCCUCUCUGACCCCUGUGAUCACCACCGUUUCACCACGCAGAGGGGGAACCGCUGGAGGCACCAGACUCACGAUUACCGGUUCAGGUUUCAGCUCAAAUGUCAAUGAAGUCACCGUCACAAUCGCAGGGUCUGUCUGCGAUGUUCAGUCAGCCAAUGAAUCGCAAAUCAUCUGUGUGACCAACUCUCAGAGCAGAUCCCAAGAAACUCAAGUGCGAAUCCAGCUGGGCAACAGAGGAAUUGCCAGAAUGAAUAAUGCUACCUUCUUCUACAUUGAUGUAUGGUCAUCUCCCUAUACAUGGGGUGGUCUCUCCCCUCCCGAGGAGGGCAUGUUUGCAGUAAUCACUCCUGGCCAGACCAUCCUUCUGGAUACCAGCACUCCAGUUCUUAAGAUGCUCCUUAUCCAGGGUGGGCGACUGAUUUUUGAUGAGGCAGAUAUUGAGCUGCAGGCAGAGAAUAUUCUGAUCACAGAUGGUGGAGCGCUGCAGAUCGGAACAGAGCAGGCCCCCUUCCAGCACAAGGCCAUAAUCACACUGCAUGGACACCUGCGUUCUACAGAACUUCCUGUCUAUGGCACCAAGACUCUGGCUGUCAGAGAAGGGGUGUUGGAUCUGCAUGGAAUCCCUGUCCCUAUGCCGUGGACUCGCCUUUCUCAGACUGCACGAAACGGCUCCAACACGUUGACACUGAUGGAUGCUGUCACCUGGAAGACUGGCGACGAAAUUGUCAUCGCUUCCACUGGCCAUAGACACAGUCAGCGUGAGAAUGAGUUGAUGAGAAUUGCCUCAGUUUCAGCUGACGGUAGGACCCUCACUCUGACCGAACCACUGAGAUACACUCAUCUGGGUGUGUCUGUCACACUGCCUGAUGGGACAGUUUUUGAAGCGAGAGCAGAGGUGGGCCUUCUUACCAGAAAUAUCGUUGUCCGUGGAUCCAACAACAUGGAGUGGAACGAUCAGAUUGAAGCUUGUCCUGAUGGAUUCAACACAGGGGAAUUUGCCACCCAGACUUGUUUCCAGGGUAGGUUUGGAGAAGAAGUAGGAAGUGACCAGUUUGGUGGCUGCAUCAUGUUCCACGCACCACAACCAAACCAAAAUUUGGCAAUUGGCAGAAUUGAAUAUGUCGAGCUCUUCAAUGUUGGACAGGCGUUCCGUCUGGGACGCUACCCAAUCCACUGGCAUCUAAUGGGUGAUGUUAAGUAUAAGUCAUACGUGCGUGGAUGUGGCAUUCACCAGUCCUACAACCGUGCCAUCACCAUCCACAACACCCACAACCUGCUGGUGGAACGUAAUGUCAUCUACAAUAUCAUGGGUGGAGCCUUCUUUAUUGAGGAUGGCAUUGAGACCGGCAACAUUCUACAGUACAAUCUGGCGAUAUUUGUAAAACAGAGCACUAGUCUGCUAAAUGAUGAUGUAACUCCAGCGGCAUACUGGGUCACCAACCCUAAUAACAUCAUUAGGCACAAUGCCGCGGCAGGUGGGACACAUUUUGGCUUCUGGUACCGCAUGCAUGAUAAUCCCGAUGGCGCUUCUUAUGAUCCCAACAUCUGUCAGAAGAGAGUUCCACUAGGAGAGUUCUUCAACAAUACGGUGCAUUCACAGGGCUGGUUUGGCUUGUGGAUUUUCCAAGAGUUUUUCCCAAUGCAUGGUGGCAGCUGCUGGUACUCUACACCAGCGCCAGCGGUCUUCCGCCGCUUCACUUCCUGGAACAACGAGAAAGGUGCCGAGUGGGUGAACGUAGGAGCGGUUCAGUUCAGCGAGUUCCUAAUGGUCAAUAAUGAGAAGGCAGGAGUGGAAGCCAAGAGGAUCAUCCAGCAGUAUGUCAGCGGAUGGGGACUGAAUGGAGGAGCGGCCGUGGUCAACAGCACUAUGGUGGGUCAUGUGGAUGAACUGGGGCUGGGGAGCGACUACUGCACCGCUCGUGGUGUUGUCCUGCCCCUGGAUGAUGGUAUGAGCGUCAUCAACACCAAGUUUGUGAACUUCGAUCGUCCAUCGUGUGCUGCUGUCGGAGUGGCAGAAAUAGUUGGAACCUGCAUGUUCCGCUGUGGAGGCUGGAGCGCGAGGUUCAGUGGGAUCCAGUUUCAUCAGUCGCCCAACAAGGCCUGGUUCAGAUGGGAGCAUGAGGUGGCACUAGUAGAUACUGAUGGGUCCCUGACAGGGAACGUUAGCUACAAGGUGGUACCAAGGAAUAACCUGCUCGACCCGAGACACUGCUUUCCGGGAACAGAGUGGAGUGUUGGCGUCCCUGCUGCAGUGUGUGACAACACUAUUGACUUCCACCGCAUGGUCGUCUUCAAUCCCUCACCGUAUUCACUUCAAGCUAAAGAUGUGACUCUUAGCAACUCAUUUGGAACAUGCAUGCUUCCUUUCCUUCAAAAACUUGUGACCCACUCAUAUGGCUGGAUGGCAAUGCUGCCCACCGGCCAAACUUAUAACUGGAACUUUAAUGGUGCUUCCCAAAUCACUAGCAUCUCAUAUGAUGGAACGGUCUACGGUUUUCAGCCAGAAAAUUAUAUAAUCAUGAAUCACAACCUGACUCAGACACCUGACAUAUUCCACAUUAUAGAUGACAGGAAUGGUUCCUCCCAGCCCCUGAACCACACUGUGAAUGUAAAUGGGGACUGGUACUUUAACGAGUCAUCCAGAAGCCUCUAUUACAUGGUGUCUGGAAGAGACCACGUGACUAGCCGGAGGAGGAGGAACAGUGUGGACCGCUCAGCUGUAGACAGAUGGUUGAACUUCGGAGUAUAUCAGUGUUACUAUCCCCGCUGUAUUCAACCUAUCCCUCCACCUGAUCCUGUAAUCAAUCCUAUCCCUCCAUCUGGUUCUGAAAACAAUCCAGCCAACUCAACUACCCACAGACCUGCAAACUUCAUCUAUGUUCUCUGGUCAAAUACAUCGUUCUGGCGGUCAAGUUCAGAGAACAACUUCAAUGUGCCACAAGACGGCUCUGAUGUGAUAAUUCCAGCUGGCAUUUGGAUGGUUGUGGAUGUUGUAGUCCCCUCCCUGAACAAGCUGAAAAUAGUUGGAGUUCUGGAGAUUCCAGACACAAACAAUGCCACCAGUAAUGUCUCUCAAUAUAAUAACAUUGUUCUGAAUGCCACAUACAUCUCCAUUCAAGGUGGACGUCUGAUUGCUGGGUGGCCUGAUGAACCCUUCAGAGGUCAGCUGCAGAUCAUACUGAGAGGAAGCCAUUCCACACCAGACUGGCUGUUACCCUCUGGACCAAACCAAGGGUCCAAAGUUCUAGGUGUGUUUGGAUCUCUUGACCUUUAUGGGAUGCCACACAACGUGUAUCACACUAAGCUGGCUAACACAUCCCAGGCAGGAAACAGCACUCUCUCUCUACAGGAAUCUGUGGACUGGAAGGUCGGGGAGAAGAUCCUGCUGUCCACCACCAGCUAUGACCCUUGGCAGACAGAAAUCCGCACCAUAACUGCUAUCUCAGAUUAUGGCCGCACACUUACUCUGGAUCAGCCUUUAUCAUUCACACACAUCGGGGAGAGCUACAGUGUGCCAGCUACUUCAAGUAGUUAUCAGCUUGCAGGAAAUGUGGCUUUACUGACCAGGAACAUCAAGAUCAUUGGUCAGGAGUAUCCAGAAAUGUACACACAGUCUUAUGGAGCCAGAGUGCUGGUGGGAAGCUUCUCCAGUGGAGGAAUUGAUUACAGAGGAAAAGCCCAGAUCAGAAAUGUUCAGUUCUACCACACCGGGCAGGAAGGAUGGAACGACCCGUCAGACCCACGUUACUCUCUGGUGUUUUAUAAUCUGGGAGAGGUGGUUGGUGAGUCUUACGUCAAAGGAUGUGCUUUUCAUGACGGCUUUGCUCCUGCUAUUGGUGUUUUCGGAACUGACGGACUGAGUAUCGAUGAUAAUGUGAUCCAUCACACCGUUGGAGAAGGAAUCAGAGUCUGGGGUGACAGUAAUGCCAUCAGGAGGAACUUGGUUACCCUGACACUGUGGCCUGGAUCAUACAACGGCAGAGCGGAGGAGUUUAACUCUGAAUGGAAUGCAGCCAUUGAGGUGAGUGAGGCAACCAAUGCAAUUCUUCAAGGGAAUAUUGUUGCUGGCUAUGAACGAGUGGGAUUCCGAAUUGAUGGUGAACCAUGCCCAGGAUCUCCAAAUUCAGUGGCUCAAUGGAGUCAGAAUGAGGCACAUGGCGGUCUGUACGGACUCUACAUGAAUAAAGAUGGACUUUCUGGUUGCUCUCAAAUCCAGGGGUUCACUGUCUGGAGGAGCUUUGAUUUUGGCAUAUAUGUUCAAGUAUCGAUGAAUGUGUUAGUUUCUAACGUGAGCCUGAUUGAUAAUGGAAUGGGUAUCAUGUCUCUCAUCUACAGUCCUCCCUCGCUCAGCCACACAUACUCUGACAAAAUAGUCCGUGUACAGGGUGCCCUGAUUGUGGGCAGCAGCCCUAACUUCAACUGUUUUGACAGUCUGUCCACAACUAUGACCUAUGUUAUGCUCAGCAAGAGCCACAGGGCCCCUCGCCCCCCCAAUGGUGGAAGGUCUGGAAUUUCCUGGCCAACAUUUGAAUCUUACCACAAUAAUGCACCACAAAAGCCUCACACUGGACUGAUAAGCUACAAUGCCAUAGCUGGUCUAAUGACUGUCUCUGACACAACUUUUGUUGGGUUCAAGAAUGUGUGCUCGAAGGAGACAAAUUACAUGUUCAUGACCAACCCAGGAAAUGAGGAUCUACAACAUCCAAUCAGUGUUGAGAGGAUAGCCAUGAUAAACAGCACAGAGGACGCUCUGGCAUACAUUCAUCGGCCUGAUCUGGGCAAGGUGAACCCAUCAGAUUGUGUGGACAUGGACUGUGAUGCUAAGAAGAAGACGAUGUUGAAGGAUCUGGAUGGCAGUUUCCUGGGUGCAGUUGGAGCAGUGGUGCCCCAGUCCGAGUACGAGUGGAACGGGGAUCGCCGACACGGACUGGGCGAUUACCGCAUCCCCAAAGUCAUGCUCACCUCUCUCAACGGCAGCCGGAUACCUGUGAAUCAAAUCGCUCCUUACAAAGGAGUGAUCAGAGACACCUGUACGUACAUGAACACCUGGCAGAGCUACAAGUGCUUUGGGCUCAACUAUAGGAUGCUGGUCAUUGAAAGUUUGGAUGCAGACACAGAAACCAGGCGUCUUUCACCUGUAGCCAUCCUGGGGGACAAAUAUGUGGAUUUGGUGAAUGGCCCACAAGACCACGGCUGGUGCGCCGGCUACACGUGUCAGAAGCGAGUGUCUCUCUUCCACGCCAUUGUGGCCACUAAUAAAUCCUUUGACAUCUUUUUCACCAGCACAACACCACAGAAGCUGAGACUUAUGUUACUGAAUGCUGGACCUACAGAGGCUGUCAGGGUUGCUGUAUUUUACUCAAACCCUCAGCGGCUGGAUGUGUACGUUAACAAUACUUUGGUUGGUCCAACAAAUGCUGAUUGGAAUGCUGAUAAAACUGACUACACUCUGCGUGAGCCAACUUAUACAGGGCAAUACGUUCCUAGUUUCAACUCCAGUCACGGCUCCAACUUCUUUGACCAGGACUACAAAAUGCUGAACAUACUUCUUCGAGGCUCAGAGCCGGUCCAAAUCCGCACCUCCCCGGUUUUGUUCCUGGCCUUUAACCUCCCAGCCAUGACUGAGGCGGAGUUCUUCGGGACAAAACUGAUCAACAAUCUAGCUUUACUCCUGAAAAUACCGGCGAACAAGAUUCGAAUUACCAACAUCGUCCGCGAGGGUACUAAUGCGAGACGGAGGCGCUCGACAGGACUGACGGUGCAGGUGGAGAUCAGGGAGCCCCCUGUUCAGACAUCAUCCACCAACAGCACCACUGAAGACCAACAGUUUGCGGCCCUGAAGAACAUUGCUGACGAUCUGGGCCGCGCUGCUGUCUCAGGCAAUCUGAGUCAGUCCAUCGGCUUCAAUGUGUCAUCCCUGGGCAUCAUCCCUCCUCCACCCUCUUCCAGUGACUCCACCUGGAACGAUGUGGCCACUCAGGAGGUGACCCGUGAAGACCAGCAGGUGGAGACGGUCAAGACGGUAUCUUCUCUGAGGGUGGCGAUACAGCCAGUGGCCGGAUCGUCCCCCGGACCCCUCAGCGUGCAGCCCAGCAUCAUGGCUCUGGAUGCAGCGGGUGACUGUGUGUCCGUGGGUGUGACGAGUCUGACCAUCUCAGCUGUACUCAAAGAUGCUAACGGGAAUCCAACAGAGGGGCUUUACGGAAACACCACCAUCCCGUUCAGUGGCUGCUGGGCCAAUUACACUGACUUAGCCAUCUUCACAAGUGGUAAUAACUUGAAGUUGGCCUUUAAUCUAAAUGAAUGGAAAGCUGAGUCCAGAUCUUUUACGCUCAAAUCACCUACAACGCCAUCUUCUGUGGUCAUCCCUAUUGGCAAUGGUUUCCCCAGCGUCUCGUCACCAUCUGUGUAUCUGCUCAUAUUGUUGAGUGGUUUACUCCUGCUCAGGGGACUCUAGAACCAAUGAAGUGCACUCUUAUACAGGGGACUCUAGAACCAAAGAAGAAGUGCACUCGUAUACAAAUGAUAUAUAUGACCUUCAAAUAUAUCACAAAUAUAUCAAAUAUAAAAUGAUUUAAAUCUUUUUCUAUUACUUUACUUUGGAAUAUUACACAUUUAUAUGCUUUCUUAUAUACUCAAUAAAUUCAAA